AUUUUCAAAUGUCCGAUAAAUCGUCAAAAGCAGAAAAGAAGAACGAUGAGUGUUACAACACGGCAGCGAUAACCAACAACGUCGAAGCUCUCGAGUUUGGAAGAACGUGUCAGUCGUGCGCCGCCGGUAUGGCAGCAGGAAUUCUCGGACUUACCGGUUUUCAAGGCUUCAUUCUCUAUUUCAUUUCUGUUGGAAUCCAGGCCGUUAUAUGGAACGUGAAAUCACAAGGAAACUGGUUGAGCUACUUUCCGGAAAGAAACUCAUUCACUUGGUCGCACGGAAAUGGUCUUCUCACUUUCGUUCUGCUCUGGGUAUUCUUCUACGGAAUGGUUCAUGUAUACUGAGAUCCAUUUUAUUCGCGAAAGUCUACAUUCCCUUUUAUUUAUUUCUAAAAUAGAUGUAUCUAUUCUUUUCAACAUUUUAUACAAUUUAAUAAAUCAAUCCAGCUUU